UUGUUUUUGGUUCAACCAAUUCGAAAGGUAAGCCCCUAAAAACCUCUUUAAAGGUGCGACAGUGCAUCAAGUUGUCGUUAAUUAUAUUCGGUUAUUUUCUCCGACUCUUUCUGCUUAAUUUUGGGGUCGCACGUUCAUGUUUGUCAUUUUCGAGUUAAAUAUUGCAAUUGUCUUCGGCGGUAUUCGGAGUCUUAAAUGCUUCUUACCUCAAUGUUUAUUUUUGGCUUACGCGACCGUCGGACCACCAAGCUACAGUUUAUAUUAUGAGCCUAUCGCCGUGUAGUCAACAGGUUUCUUGUGACUUGCAUAUCUGAUGCCCGAAUACACCCGUAAUUGGAUUUUUACCUUAAACAAUGAAUUCGAUUCGCCUGUCAGCGCAGGAGCGGGUCCAUUCUGAACAAUCAUUCCCACUUCUAAGGCUUUCCGAAUCGGUCGAUGUGGAAAUGAAGAUCCAUUUUCUUUCGAUCUUAGUUGUGGCACUAGUUGCUCUUCAGUUUCCCCAAGCCAAAGCUCAUUCUCAGGACUUAAUGUCCCAUUGUGUCUCGUGUCCAGAUGAAUUCAGGGGCCGCUUGAUCUGCGCCUUCCUCAACGGCUGCCACCUGGAAAUGGAGUACUGCUCCAUGCUGGUUUUCAACUGUGCGCGUCUGCAGCACCGUAGACACAUGUUCCUGGUGAAGAACGAGGGCAAGUGCCAUCCAGUGCGGGGAUACAAAUGCCAGUUUAUGGAAUUCUAAAUUGUUUCGGAGGCUCUCCGCAUUUAUUGGUGUAUGCAAUGAUUACAGCUUAAAGUGAUUAAUCUGAGUGAAUGUGUAAUGGUGUGCUUAUUAAAACUUGACAAUAUGUCCGGUGAAAUAGACGGCGUGCUUAUCGCGGAUGAUGAACACAAACGGAUGAUCGGCCACAAAAGUCUUCGGGUCCAGGGGCAGAGACAUGGGCACCCCAGCAGCAU